AUGCAACAGCAGCAGAACCAGCAGUCGAACGGCCAGUACCAGAUGCCAUUCGCCAACCAGCACAUUCAGCAGCAUCAGCAGCAUCAGCAGCAUCAGCAGCAUCAGCAGCAUCAGCAGCAUCAGCAGCAUCAGCAGCAUCAGCAGCAUCAGCAGCAACAGCAACCUCAGUGGUACGGUCCACCGAUGCCUUUCGGUUCGGGACAGAUGCAGCAGCAGGGGUUCAAUCCCAUGAUGCAACACCCAGUCCGCUUCAUGAGCGCGGACGAGAUCGCGGCGAUGCUCAAUGUCCCGCACUUCCAGACGCAACGUGGUUCUCGCGGCCAAGGACGCUUUCAAGGACAAGAGCAAAGCUUCCAAGGAAGAUCUCGAGAAUCCCAAGGAUACCGAGGAUCCUGGGCACAGCGAGGCGCUCGCGGAGGUCGACGAGGCCGACGGCUGAUUCCUCGAUAUGAUCCCGCCGACGAUCCGCACAAUCAGCCCGGCGAGAACAACGCCAAGAACAUCAAGAAUGAAAACGCCUGGAGAGAGGCUUGGAAUAGGGAGCAAGAGCUUCUCGAGCAGAUCCAAGACCGGGACGAGAAAGUAGAUCUCCUUGAGUAUGACGUCCAGGACCUGCAACGUCAGGUCGACGAAUGGCAACGUAGUGCUGACAAGGUCGGUGAUGAUGCCGUGCUUGGUGAGCAGGCCAUCCGGAGAGACCCAAAGCUUCUUCAGCAAUACAACGGUGGAGACCUGAAGCGCAGGAGGCAGGCGUCGAAGCGCAAGAGCAAGAGCAAGAGCAAGAGCAAGAGUAGUAAAGACAACGAGCGCACAGCCUCUGAUGCUGAGUUGAGCGACAUCGACAACGUGUCAGAAAGUGAACUUGGGCGUCUCGGAAUCAAUGAGGUGCUGGACGAGAUGCUCGCCAACGACGUCAAAAAUCUCCCGGUCAGCGAACUUGCGGGCAUUCAAGGCCAGGGCAGCAGGCAAGCACCGGCAUAUGGUGACAGCGAUAGUGAGCUCGAUGUUGAAGAAAGCGAGCUUGCAGGCAUCCAAUUCGCCAGUCCAGCAGAAUCAGAAGCAGGGAACGACGAUCUCAGCGAGCUCGGCGAUUUCCCUCAAAGCGCCCUUGGAGAAGCUCCAUUGCCUGAUGAUCAGGCCUAUGAACCUGAGACAGAGCUCGGUAAACGGGGCACUUAG